AUGGGAGAGACAUUUGCUUUCAAGGAAUACUUAGCCGGCUUACUUGCUGGUGUUGCCACUGUUAUCACUGGUCACCCUUUUGACACCGUCAAGGUGAAGCUGCAGAAACAUAAUACAGAAGCACAUGGGAUUAAGUACAAGAAUGGUUUGCAUUGCACGACUAGGAUACUACAGACUGAAGGAGUUAAAGGACUGUAUAGAGGGGCAACAUCAUCUUUUGUUGGAAUGGCUUUUGAGAGUUCCCUUCUUUUUGGCAUUUAUUCCCAAACAAAGCAGUCAUUGCAGGGAGAAGUACAAAGUGAUGUGCCCCGACCCAAAGUAAUAAUUCCAUCAGCAGCAUAUGGUGGAGCUAUUAUCAGUUUUGUAUUAUGCCCAUCAGAGCUAGUAAAAUGCAGGAUGCAAAUUCAAGGCACUGACUCCUUGGUUCCAAAGUUCAGUAGAUACAGUAGCCCUCUCGAUUGUGCCGUCCAAACUGUGAAAAAUGAAGGGGUUACAGGCAUUUUUCGUGGAGGUUUUACAACAUUGUUGAGAGAAUCUAUUGGAAAUGCAGUCUUCUUUAGUGUUUAUGAGUAUGUCCGUUAUUACAUGCAUUUACAAUUGAAACCCACUUUAUCUGACCACAGCAAUUUAAUUGACAUGGGGAUUGGAAUUGUGACCGGUGGCCUUGGUGGUGUAGCUUUUUGGUCUGCUGUUCUGCCAUUGGAUGUGGCAAAAACCAUCAUCCAGACAGCUCCUGAUAAAAGCUCCACAAGAAAUCCAUUACUAGUUCUGAACUCUAUCUACAGAAGGGCUGGAAUUAAAGGAUGCUAUACGGGUUUGGGUCCAACUAUAGUGAGAGCAUUUCCCGCUAAUGCCGCUGCAAUAGUCACCUGGGAGCUAGCUAUGAAAAUGCUAGGGAUAAACCGUGACUAA